AUGGUCGUAGGAAAAUAUUUUGCUGCUAGACCAUUACCUUUUUGCAAUCCUGCUACUUUUGAUAUAUGUCUUCCAGAAGUGACCAAUUUAGACGAUGUUUCCGUUAUGAAACCGAAAGCUAUAAUGACUGGUAGACGUGAUUGCCAUAAAUUGAUUGAUGAAAUUGCGAAUUGGAAUGAUGUAGAAAGGAAAGAUGAUUUUGUUAUGAUGAAACUAUUAUUACCAACGAAAACGUAG